AUGAAUCCAUUCAAGAAAAAGAAGAAUAGGUUUUUACGCAGUAGUAAGUUUCGAAAAGCAUGCAGAGGUGAACGCCAGAAGAUUAUGACUAAAGCAGAAGAAGGGCAACAAGGAGCUGGUGACAGUGAUGAAGCGCAAUGUCAAUUACAUUAUCGAGGGUUAACCAUUGAUGCUGACAGAUGGGUGGAAGAAAGUUCGAAGUGUCAGUAUUUACCGGAAGACGAGAUGAUUCUACUGUGUAAUAUGUUGGUUACUCGUUUAUCGCAUGAAUCGAAUGUCGUUGAAAUAACUUCACCAGUGACCGUUUGUGGUGAUAUACAUGGACAGUUUUAUGACUUAUUGAAAUUGUUCGAAACAGGUGGUCGUGUGCCAUCCACAAGAUAUGUUUUCAUGGGCGAUUACGUUGAUAGCUUGGAAACUCUAACGUAUUUGUUCUCAUUAAUGCUAAGAUAUCCAGAAUCAAUAACACUUUUGCGAGGAAACCAUGAAUCUCGACGCAUUUCGGCUGUUUAUGGAUUUUAUGAUGAAUGUAUACAAAAAUAUGGGCAUGCCAUGGUUUGGCGUUGCUGUUGUAAGGUAUUUGAUAUGUUACCUGUUGGUGCCCUAAUUGAUGACCAUAUUUUGUGCAUUCAUGGUGGAUUGUCACCGGAGAUCAAAACUCUUGAAAAAAUGUUUACUUUGGACAGAGCUGUUGAAAUUCCAAGCAAAGGUGCUUUAUGUGAUUUGGUAUGGUCUGAUCCGGAACCAACGGAAGAAGGGUGGGAACUAAGUCCAAGAGGUGCUGGUUGGCUUUUUGGUCAAGAAGUAACGAAACGUUUCAUGCAUACCAAUGAUCUUACGUUAAUAUGCCGAUCUCAUCAGUUGGUACUGGAGGGUUUCAAAUAUAUCUGGGAUGAUAUACUAUGCACCGUGUGGUCCGCACCAAAUUAUUGUUAUCGUUGUGGGAAUGAAGCAGCAAUUCUUCAGAUAAAUUCGAAUGAACGUCAAGUAAAAUAUUUCGAUGAGGCCAGUGAUAACGAACGUGAAAAACCGGAUCGUAUUGUUGCACCGUAUUUUUUGUGA